UCCUCGACAACCACUGACAGGACGACAUUCACACCGCUAUGCCGCGCAGGUGACGACAACAUGGCUCCAAUCGAUCUCGGCACUCUGUCCAGCAACUGGAAGAUACUGCAACAGCGACUCAAGCCCUCAACGCCGGCGACACCUCCGAAGAAGAAGUUCGAAGACGAGCAGCAGUCUUCCCUCAAGCGCAAGAGACCUCAUCACGCCAAUGGGAAGCACGGAGAUGCAUCACCAACAGCUGUAAACGGCUCCCAGAAGAACACACUGCGAAAACCUUUACCCUCGAGGAAGCGACAGAAGAUGGAGGAGCCCGCGUCUGUUGGCGCCUCAGCCAAGCAGCACAACGCCAAAACCCUCUCCAAGAGCAUCUCAAUGCCCUCCCUCAAGAAGACACCCCUUCUGAGCGAUCCGAAGGAUGACGCUGCGGCGGUCUCCAUCCUCGAACCACACCCCGACUUCCCCGACAUAGAAAACGAAGGCGUAUCAGAGGUAGCGCUGCCCGGAAAGUACGUCGCAUUGGAUUGUGAGAUGGUGGGAGUUGGGCCAGAGCCUAACCGUGACUCUGCGCUGGCAAGAGUGUCGCUAGUCAACUUUCAUGGCCAUCAAGUCUACGAUUCCUACGUCCAGGUACCCCGAGGAAUCGAAGUUACCGACUAUCGAACCGCAGUCUCUGGUAUCGAGCCUAGACAUCUCCGCAAAGACGUUGCGCGACCCUUCGACGAAGUACGAAACGACCUCAAGAUCCUCCUCACCGGGCGCAUACUCGUUGGUCACGCGGUGAAGAACGAUCUCGACGUGCUCAUCUUGAAGCAUGAUAAGCGCUUCAUCCGCGACACAUCCAAAUUCUCAAAGUUUAGAGAAUUGGCUAUAAUACCGGGGCGCACACCAGGCUUGAAGCUAUUGGCAGACAAACUCUUGGGUGUAGAGAUUCAAGUCGGUGCUCAUAGUUCGGUUGAAGAUGCUAGGGCUACCAUGGCACUGUUCAGGCUGGAGAAGGACAGCUUCGAGCACGAGAUCAGGCAGAAGUACGGAAACAUCCGCCUCGAAGCAACUGGGCCAGAAGUCGACGUUGGUGGUGGUGAAGAAGUAAAGAAGAAGACCCGGAACAGGAAGAAGAAAAAGAAGAGGAACUAGAAGGCUGGGAUAUGUACUUUCACAGUUCCUGUUCUUCUUGGUCUUGCUGCAUUUACUUGGAGUCUUUCACGGCACGGAUACCCUGAAAAGUUUACAUGUACUUUUAAAGUUACUAUUGGAUCAUGUAUUGUCGGUAGCUUCCAAAGCUUUGGCUAAGGUUGCCCUUGUAGCUACCAAUACAUCAAAUAUCUUCUCCAUGUGUAUCUAGCAAAGAGUCGUCUUCUGAUGCGCCUUCGCGUGUUCCGUGUAUGGGGCAACCUCAACCCGAGACAGAGUGUG